AUGCGACAAAUGCCAACGACAUGCUCCGAGCAUCCACAGCCCAACCGAGCUACUGCGAACUUCCGCAGCUCCUUAUCCAUUCAUGCGAUGGGGGAUGGAUAUCAUCGAACCAAUGCCGAAUUCCCGCAACGUUGCUUCGUGUUGGUAUUAACCGACUACUUCACCAAGUGGAUCGAAGCAGAAGCCUUCGCGCAGGUUACAGAGAAGGAAGUCCGCAGCUUUGUUUGGAAAAACAUUAUCUGUCGUCACGGCCUACCGUACGAGAUUGUGACGGACAAUGGAUCCCAGUUUAUAUCUGGAAACUUCAAAGAUUUCUGUAACAAGUGGAACAUCCGACUAAGCCCCUCGAGACCAAGGUACCCUCAAGGAAACGAACAAGCGGAGUCCUCAAAUAAGAUCAUCAUCGACGGACUCAAGAAGCGUCUUGAUCUCAAGAAGGGACACUGUAACACCCCCGAACCGUCCUAG